CGACGCGGCACCGCCACAUGGACGAGGAGGCGUUGGCAGCCGGGUAGAGCCUGGGUAGCUGGGGAGAGAACUCAUGGAGAGAAGACACUUGGGGCUUUAAACUUGGCGACGGCUGCCCAGUCGAGCUUAUGCAAUGAGGACAGAAACCUGCUGCAUGCUAGAGAGAGAGAGAGACGAAUUAGGGAGGCUCAGCAGGAGCAAAACAAGCUCCCUGAGAAGCCUCCCGUCUUUGCAGCACCCUACAAGACUCAUAAAGGAGAUGACUUGUCAAACCAAAUUCGGAACGUGCUGGGCAAUUAUGAGGAUGUCAUGGGGCUCAUCAACUCCAAAACCCAAUGGAAUUUCUUAGGGCUUCACGAAGUCCUUCCUCCGGUCUCACCUGAAGCACCUCAUUUCCCACACUCCCUUGAUGAAAAUACCAGCCCUACAUCACCUUCAUUCCAUGACACAGCCCACCAUCCACCCACUACGGCUGUAAGUGCUCCUCCUGCUCACCGCUCAAGUCCCUGCGAAAAGGCACAAUCAAGGGCAAAACCACAUUCAGGUUUGCACGUGCAGAGCGGCAGCUCAUCCGACGGUCAGAGCCAAAGUCGCAAACGCAGUUGUGGUGACAAGGAAAGUCACGAAGGUCUUCAUCGCAAGGGAAGUGACAGGCGUGCGGCUGGUGAAGGUCGUGCUCAUGAUCUGGACUACUCCAUUUUCUCAUUUUCUUCAUUUCUGACACCUUUGCCUCCUCCACUGGAACCUCUGUCACCUGUGCGUUCCGACCUGCACGUCAGUUCCAAGUCAGAAAAGAGCAGCAAAAGCCAGGAGCUGACCUACAGUCAAAGAAAAUCGUUUCAGGACCUAGUGACAGGAUCAGAGGAAGAGGAAAGUCAGGACGGCUCAGACAUUGACCUGAGCAGCAACACUCGGCCUUCCUCUCGGACGGUUCCUACAGCUUUGCCAUCAAAGCCCAGCGCGAUGCAGCAGAAACCAACUGCCUGUGUGAGACCAAUGGAU